AUGGGCUCGUCCUUUGACCUGGAUGUUGAAGGUGCUGACAUCGCUAUUAUGGACACCAUGGUGGGCGACAAGACGCCAAGGCAGGGACAUGACGAAGAGUGUCUUGCAGAGUUGAUGGCGAGCUGCACAGCAGCAAAUCCUGGAGCUGUGAUCCAUGGGAUGUCGGAGGCAGUUCUCGUGCAGCUCUGCACUAUGCUACAAGAAGCUGAUUUGAAUCCGCUAUAUGUUGCAAGCCAACUGCAAUCUCAGUUUUUGCGAGCUUUAUCGGAGACCACGUUUCGUUCGCAGGCGCCCUCCGCUUGCUCCACAGCACAGGUCAUGCACUUCCCGUCCAGAGCCAGCCAAGAAGUCUCGCCCCCCAGCAAGGUGAUGCAUGGGGCUGCGUCGGAUGACCAAGCGCCCCACAACCUCACCGACGUCUUCAAGACUCUACAACUUGGUAACGUCUCCAAGGUUCAGACGGAAGUGUCUCACAAGAGGAAGUCGUCCCUGAUGGUUGCAUCUCUAAAUGCCAGAGGGGUUCUGGCGGACUUAUGCGGCUGUGCUUUUCUGCGGUCGGAUAUACGAUGUCUGGGGCAUGCGCUGCAGUUGGUUGCAAAAGCCGUACCGAAAUCUUGUCUCCAUGGUUGA